AACGCGAGAUUUUGCCACGAGAGGUGCUUUUUUCUGUUGUUUGACAACACGGUUGUCUGUUUUUCUUUUGGCUAAUUUUUCGCGAAAAAUCUGUGUUUUCUUGCUAAAAAUACAGUUAUAAGAUAGAGGAGGAAACGCAGAGUAUUGUGGUGAAUGUGAAAAAGUAGCUGGAAGAAAGGAAAUAGGUGAAAAAGUUCUUAGAAAGUGUGACAUUGUGUGAAAGUGAGGUUAGAGUUUGCGCGGUCGGCAAAAAUGGUUCCUAUGGGGCCUCUGGGGGGCUCCGGACCACACAAUCCACAUUCCGUACAUGGGGUACCACCGCCCAUACAGAGUACACCAUCCGGACCCAAUACACUCUCAACAAACAGCCAGUCAAAUAAAACAUCUUCCGCAUCUGUGAAGCCAAACUACACACUCAAAUUCACCCUGGCGGGUCACACAAAGGCCGUCUCGGCAGUUAAAUUCAGUCCAAAUGGUGAAUGGCUUGCGAGUUCAUCUGCUGAUAAAUUGAUUAAGAUUUGGGGGGCUUACGAUGGGAAAUUUGAGAAGACAAUUGCUGGGCAUAAAUUGGGAAUCAGUGAUGUGGCAUGGUCGAGUGAUAGUCGACUCCUGGUGAGUGCCAGUGAUGACAAGACACUGAAAAUCUGGGAAUUGAGCUCGGGGAAGUGCCUGAAGACCCUAAAGGGGCACACAAACUACGUCUUUUGCUGCAACUUCAAUCCCCAGAGUAAUCUCAUUGUGUCCGGAAGUUUUGAUGAAUCCGUACGUAUUUGGGAUGUGCGCACAGGGAAGUGCCUCAAGACACUUCCAGCACACUCCGAUCCAGUAUCUGCGGUGCAUUUCAACCGUGAUGGCUCCCUCAUUGUCUCAUCCAGUUACGAUGGAUUGUGUCGUAUCUGGGAUACGGCUAGUGGACAGUGUCUCAAAACCCUCAUUGACGAUGACAAUCCACCGGUUUCUUUUGUCAAAUUCUCUCCCAAUGGCAAGUACAUUCUGGCCGCCACUCUCGAUAAUACACUCAAGCUCUGGGACUACUCCAAAGGGAAGUGCCUCAAGACCUAUACAGGACACAAAAACGAAAAAUACUGCGUCUUUGCUAAUUUCUCAGUGACCGGAGGAAAGUGGAUAGUUUCUGGAAGCGAGGACAAUAUGGUGUACAUUUGGAAUUUGCAGAGCAAGGAGGUUGUGCAGCGUCUUCAGGGUCAUACUGAUACAGUUCUCUGCACAGCCUGCCAUCCCACGGAGAAUAUCAUAGCAUCUGCAGCCCUGGAAAAUGACAAGACCAUCAAAUUGUGGAAGAGUGACACUUAAUUUAUCAGCAAUACUUCGCGCCAACUGACACACUCUUUUCUGAUUAAAUUGUCUCCUUUUGGGUGCUCUGGAUGUUCAGAGCAUGAGGGACGAGAUGCUUUUGUCAAAAGUGAGCCAUUCUUUGAAAUACACUUCCUUUUCAAUUAUGGA